UCAUUGACCUUCUCCUUCCCAAAAGUCGUCGUCGGGAAAACUCAAAAAGACGGACAUGACCCUCUUCAAAAGGCCUUCACCGUGCCUUUACACGAAGGUGGACAAGGAAGACCCCGAAGAGGUGCUUCACCGACGAGCCAAGUUCUUGAUUUACAAAACACUUCAAGAAGCCGACUUGGUUUCUCGGCGUGAUCCUCAUUCGUCGUUUAUACGGCUGAAGCUUUAUCUGUUGAAGGUCAAGAUCGCAAAGAGGUUGACUAAGCUGCGUCGGAGCGUAGUAUCCGCCAUUAGAUUUGGCGGGAUUCGAAAGCAUUCUCACAACGGCGUGAGAACGUUGAAGAAGCUUUUCCAAGGUGGUGGUGCAACAAGUGGACUACCUAGGCCUAUUUUUGAAGUUUGAUUUCUAAUUUCAUAUUUCUUGUUUUUGUGUAAUUUUUUUUUCUUUUGUUUCUGGAGUUUCUGUUGAUCUCUAUUACAAAAGUUUAUCAAGAAAUGUAAUAUGAAGAGAUCAUGAGUUUUACUUUUUCAUAAAAGGGGGAAGCAAUCUUUUUUUUUUUUUUUUUGUCAAAGGGGGAGACAAUCUUAUAAGUGUAUAAUAAUAACCAUUUAACUAUAUGAUGCU